CAUCAUCACGUUCCUGUGUUACCAUGUUAUGUGACUGCACAGUAAACAAUUGUGUAAUUGUACAUCUGGCAUCUAAUCAUAGGGCAUUCGUUUCUGGACAAUAAACGGUCAAGCGGGUGGAAAGAAAAUAUACAAUGUUGUCUGCAGUUGCUGCGAAAAGAUUGGUCAGUGGGGUGUGCCAGACGUCAUGGCGAUCUGGAGUGACAGGCCUAAUGUCAGCACGGGCAUACCGUGGAGAGGCACCUGAGGAUUCGAAAGGUGACCUAAUUGAGAUCCCUCUGCCCCCCUGGACAGAGAAGGCCGGAGAGACUGUUGACAUCAAGAGGAGACGGCUGUUGUAUGAGAGUCGCAAGAGGGGAAUGCUGGAGAACUGCAUACUGCUCAGUCUUUUUUCCAAGCGGUACUUGAACACCAUGAGUGAGACUCAGCUGCAACAAUAUGACAGACUGAUUAAUGAGCCCAGCAACGACUGGGACAUCUACUACUGGGCUACAGAGGCCCACCCCACACCUGAGGUGUACGACGGAGAGGUGAUGGACAUGCUAAAAGAGUUCACUAAGAACCGGGACCAGGAACAGAGGCUCGAUGCCCCCAACCUGGAGUACCUGGACAAGAGCAGCCAGUGAGGCCCAUCAUGGUGCAUGAGACUCACCUGGCUCAAAUACAUAGCAAAAGACUUGUGUUUUAAGUGCAUUUGAGUUAUAAUUGGUUAUAAUGUCAAGUGGUAAUUUAACCAUGUGCUGACAGAUGCAUUAAUCCAGGUCCGCUGAAAAACUGCAACCAGGUCGGCUGGUCGAUCUAUCCAUCUGUCUGUGAUAUAAUUUCUUCUUUCUCUGGUCCAAACUGCUGGGUGGGGCUAGGGUUAAGCAAACCCUUAGCAUAUAACUUCAGUGAAGAAACAUCUUAAACAAUGACUGUGAUAUUCAAAUUGACUCAGAUUAGGAAAUUGGUUAGUCAAGAUUAGGAAUCUGAAAGAAUUUAAACAAGCCACUGAACUUCUAAAUUAUAAAAAACAAUAAUAAGCUUUGUCACACCAACACACACACACCCCUGAUUAAAACAGAGCCCUUUGUAUGAUGGAUCUUUUUUGUGAAUUUAUACAGUUAAUGCACCGCUUGUUGGUUGUAAUGUAAUAAAUAUGCAUGCCAUAUAAAAUAUUUAUGUUCUCU